GGAUGAACAGGACUUAGUUCCAAACCCAGCCCGGUAGCAGGUCCCCUCAUUGACAACAAACAGAAAAAUCCCUACAAUAUUGGAUUCAUUAUUGCCUCCGCUCCCUUUUCGGGCCCAGAUAGUCGGUAUUGCUUUUUUCAGUCGGGGACGUCACCUUUCAGACUGCCAGGUGGUAUUGGCGUCGGCUCGUUGUUCCUGGGAGAAUAAAGCCAGACCCGCCCCGCAGCUCAACCAAAAUGCUCUUCCCCCGAAUCUCACCCUUCCUCGUCCUGCCAGCUUUGAUAUCUCCGCUCCAUCCCAAUAAAUAGACACUGCCUCACACUAUGGAUACAGCAAUUGACCUCUCGGAUGCCUCAAAAGCCCUGGACCUCGCCAACAUCCGCUUCCAACUCAUCCGGUUGGAAGAUACAAUAACCUUCCAUUUAAUCGAGCGUGUUCAGUUCCCCCUAAACCCGACAAUAUACGCCCCCGGCGGCGUCUCAAUCCCAGAUGAACAUAUCAGCCUUAUGGACUACCUCCUCCGCGAGCAAGAACGCCUGCAGUCCCGCGUCCGCCGCUUCGAGUCCCCCGACGAGUAUCCUUUCUUCCCAUCCGCCCUCGAAAAGCCAAUUCUCCAACCCCUCUCUUACCCCAGGAUCCUGCACGACAACGACGUGAGCGUGAACGAGGUAAUCAAGCAGCGCUACGUCGAGAACAUUCUCCCCGCGGUGUGCACAAGGUUUGGCGACCGGGGUGACCGGGGCGAAAAGCAAGAGAACUACGGGUCUGCGGCGACGUGCGAUGUGAGCUGUUUGCAGGCGCUGUCGCGGCGUAUUCACUUUGGGAAGUUUGUUGCGGAGUCGAAGUUCCAGAAGGAGACGGAGAGGUUUGUGGCGCUGAUUAAGGCUGAAGAUCGCAAGGGCAUUGAUGAGGCGAUUACGGAUGCGAAGGUUGAGCAGAAGGUACUUGAGAGGCUGGCGCUCAAGGCGAAGACUUAUGGCACGGAUCCUGGGUUCCCUGAUCAGUCGGGGGCGAAGAUUGAUGUUAAUGCUGUCCAGGCCAUGUACAAGGAAUAUGUCAUUCCUUUGACCAAAGUCGUGGAGGUAGAGUAUCUGAUGCAGCGCUUGAAGGGUACACAAUGGGAGUAAACUCUCCCCCUUGCGCAUAGUCCGUUAUGCAGUAACGACACAUAGAUAUUUUUAGUUCGGGGGGGGAAAAAAAUAGACAACUUUUAUAUUGCUCUAUCAUGGCCACAUUAAUCUAUAAAU